CUCCCGGCGAAGAGAGCGGAAAGCUUGCGCCCGACGCCACCGCCUCCGCCUCCCUCCGUUGGAGGCCUCUCCGAGAUAGGUGAUGGAUUCAGUGUCAUUGUCACUACUCGAUAGCAUUUCAAAUUUUCGGUUGCUGUCUUCAAGCAAUGCCUCGAAAACAGAGCUAGUUAAGAAAUAUUGCCAAACAAUUGAUGGCAUCCUUGAUCACAUGGAGAUGGCCCUAAACAGAACUUUUCCUCAGAUAACUCCAGAUGAUGAACUAAGUAAGGUGCUUGAAGAAUUUGGCGCAACCAUCAAUGAAGCGUCUGAGCUAGUUGGAGACUGGAACCAGAUGAUGAGCAAGAUUUAUUUCGUUAUUCAGGUUGAGUCAAUUAUUACCAAGAUGCAGAUAUGUGUGUCUGAAUUAUGCCAAAUUGUCAAUUCACUCAUGCCGAUUGAGUCAACGUAUAUGGAGAAUCUUGAAUGCGAUAGCUGUGAAAAAAUUUCAGAUGUAAUUAUGGAGGCUUCCAGGGCUUUAGUAGGGCAAGUUAUGCCAAAAUCAGAUGAAUUAGGAAAGAUUCAAACCAGUUUGAGCUUGUCCACAAACCAGGAACUGCUGAUGGAAUUUGUCGCACUUGUUAAGGUCAAAACGAAAAGCAAUCAUGAAGGUAGCAAAGAACUGGAUGAUAUCAAUGAUAUUAUUGAAUUAGUCAACCAUAUGCUUGAUAUACUUGUGCAAGAAAAGCAAGCGCACAGCAUUGAUGGAGUGCCCAUUCCUGCUGAUUUUUGCUGUCCUCUUUCUCUAGAAUUAAUGUCAGAUCCAGUGAUUGUGGCAUCUGGUCAAACAUAUGAACAUGUUUUUAUCAGGAAAUGGUUUGAUCUGGGCUACAACAUUUGUCCAAAGACACGGCAAACGUUGGGACACACCAAAUUGAUUCCUAACUUCACUGUCAAACAGCUGAUUGAAAAUUGGUGCGAGAUACAUGGUAUAACGCUACCAGAUCCCAUUAAACUCUUGAGUUUGUCCUUCCCUGUUUCCCUUAACAUCACAGAUGUGAGUACAAGUGCAAAUAAGUCUGGAUCACCAGAACACAGCCAGUUGAUAUCUGCAUCCCAUCCAAAAGCAGAGUGUGAGUUGGAUGAUGGUCAUCAUGAUAAUUUGAUAGAUGAGAACUCUGAUUCAGAUGAUAGAGUUUCCUCAUUUGAAGACACGGAUGAUUCUGAACCUGAUUCUUUGAAAUUAUCAACACAAACUACUGCAGCAAAAAAAUCCCUACUUGAUGAAAAAACUGGUAGUUCUGAAGGUCUUAAGCAAUUGACAGAGGAUGGUUUUCAAGUUUCUAAUGAGAAGCACCAUCUCGAAAGGAAUGGUAGAAGUCAUAGCAGCAACCAUCAUCCACUUGAUUGCCAGAAUGUGAUGGCACAUACAUCAGGUGAUAGCAAUGCAUCUGAAGUAACACAAGAUGAUCCAGUAACCACAUAUUCAAAGGUAGAACCAGAUGUCCUCCCUAGAUUAGGUGGUGUUCGUCCUCGAAGUCAGCCAAUCUGGUGGCGACAGUCUGAGAAAACUGUUUCUAGGAUUGGAUUGCCAUCUUCGACAGAUUCAAAAUCAGAAAUUUCUGGUACUGAUGCUAAGGUGCGUAACCUUAUUGAGGAACUGAAAAGUGAUUCUGCUGAUGUCCAAAGGUCAGCAACAGAAGAGCUCCAUGUUCUUUCUAAACACAGUUUGGAUAAUAGAAUUGCCAUAUCAAAUUGCGGAGCUAUACCCUUCUUGGUGAGUCUUCUUCAUUCUGCAGACCCCAGUACACAAGAAAAUGCCGUGACAAUUCUCUUGAAUUUGUCAUUAGAUGAUAAUAACAAAAUUGCUAUAGCAAGCGCCGAGGCCAUUGAGCCUCUCAUCUUCGUUCUUCAGGUGGGAAACCCUGAAGCGAAAGCCAACUCAGCAGCAACUUUAUUCAGCCUCUCAGUCAUCGAAGAGAACAAGAUCAAGAUUGGGCGCUCCGGUGCCAUCGAACCACUAGUAGAUUUGCUGGGAGAAGGUACCCCUCAAGGGAAGAAGGAUGCAGCUACUGCACUGUACAAUCUGUCGAUAUUUCACGAACACAAGGCCCGCAUUGUUCACGCUGGGGCUGUAGAGCACCUGGUGGAGCUGAUGGAUCCAGCAGCUGGGAUGGUUGAUAAAGCUGUUGCUGUCCUGGCAAACCUCGCGACCGUGCACGAAGGAAGGAAUGCCAUUGCUCAGGCAGGAGGUAUCCGGGUACUUGUUGAGGUUGUCGAGCUGGGCUCUGCACGUUCAAAGGAAAAUGCCGCUGCUGCCCUGCUACAGCUCUGCACAAACAGUAGCAGGUUUUGCACCCUGGUGCUUCAGGAAGGCGUCGUGCCACCUCUGGUAGCAUUGUCGCAAUCAGGCACAGCACGUGCAAGAGAGAAGGCACAGGUUCUUCUUAGCUAUUUUCGGAACCAGCGACACGUCAAAGUCGGGAGAGGCUAAAUCUACUGAGUUAGGCAGCGACGCCGUGGUGUCUUGUACUAUUGUUUCAUGCUCCUUUCUGGGCGGCCAAGAGAUUUAUAUUCCAUCGAAGUCGUAAAGCAAUUUUUUUUUCUGGCAGUGGUUCAUAGUGAUUGCGGUCACAAGUAGCUUCCUGUAAAGAAGAUACUCUAUUGUGUAUAGAUGUUUUUUUCACGAUAUUAAGUAGUUCACUUCU